GAUACGGUGGUAGUUUAAAAGUAUGUGCUAUUACGGUGAACAGUCUCCAUUCUGUUCAUUAUAUUGCUUCUUCAGAUGGGAAUUCAAGCCAAACACAAACCAUAUUCAACAGGAAGGUUGUCUGGUCUUGUUCACUUCAUGUUUAACUGGUAGCAUGUGAGAUAUGGGAGAUAAUUUGGCUGAUCUGAUAAGUGGAUUUAAGUAGCAUCCUUUUGGGGUUUUUUUUGUUUUGUUUUUGUUUUGUUUUGGUCUCUGGGACCUCUUAUCCCUUUCAUUCAAAUUGGCUGGCUUAAUAUGCCAUUUAUAGACAGAGAAACUCUACCCUUCCUGUUCUCUUAUGGCUCUUUUUCAAGCAAACCUCUCCAGCAUUCAGUCAGGAGUGACAGUGUAGUCAGGUCUGUUAUCCUUGGAGAAGUCAAAGAGACACCCUUCCCCUCCAGAGUGAGUACAUUUUUAUGCAGAGCUUUCCAUGAGGAUGCUGCCUUAGUGAUGGUUAGAGAAAAAGGACUAAACUAUUUUAAAAAGAUUUACAACUUUGUACAAGAUAGGAAUGCUGAAGGUUUCUGUUGUGAAAUAUCUCUCUUUUAAAAUAUUCUCUUGGGGAAAUCUGAAAAUUUUAAUAUUUUUUAACAACUUGUCUUCAUAUGUUUAGAUCAUUUUUACACGGGUUUUUAGCAAUCAUGGUUUCUGUUCAUCUUAAGAACAUCAUCUCCCUGAAGAAAUACUUUAGCAUUGUUUUUUUUGCAUGAGAUUCUUCUCAUCUUUCCAUGGGAUCAGUCCAAAGACUGUGUUUUACCAGGGUGUGUUUUAUGUGGAAAACACAGAGAAGAAAUUGUCUUAAAGAAUGUUCUUCACGAAGCGUGGGUCAGACCUGUCACUUGGAAAUAGUCAAUUAUCCUCAAUGUUGUCUCAUUUCUUACAUAGCAGUUAGGAUGGUGUUUCUGCCCUGUUUCGUUAUUCUGCAGCUAUGACAGGAGUCCUCUGUGAGCUAAGCAAAAGCAUGUUUCUCUAAGAGCAAGUAAGCACAGAGUUGGAAGUUUGACUAUGCAUUAGGAUUGACCAUAGAAACUUAGUAAAAGCAGGAUGUGGAAGCUAGUAUUUCUUCUAAAUACUACAUAUUUUUAAUAAGAUGUGUUCUGUAUUGCGAACUCAAAAUAGUUUAUAAAGAAUCUCAUUAAUGUCUAGCCAACUUUUUGACUUUUAGUAUCUUGUUGAUUGUUCACAUUUUGUGUGUGAAUUCAGAGCACAUUCACAAAUUGUGAGGCUUUUUUAAAGAACCCGUUUUUGUGUGUAUUUUCUUUAAAAAAAAAUCAUCUUUUCUUUAUCAUAUUGCCUCCUUUUUUAAUGUGCAGAUAAUGAACAUGUCUAUAUGGAGUUGUCACAAAAGCUGUAUAAAUACUGUCCAAAAGAAUGGAAGAAAGAGGCCAGCAAGGUACGACAAUACGAAGUCACUUGGGGUAUUGACCAAUUUGGACCUCCUAUGAUCAUUCACUUCCGUGUGCAGUACUAUGUGGAAAAUGGCAGAUUGAUCAGUGACAGAGCAGCAAGAUACUAUUAUUACUGGCACCUGAGAAAACAAGUUCUUCAUUCUCAGUGUGUGCUCCGAGAAGAGGCCUAUUUCCUGCUGGCAGCCUUUGCCCUGCAGGCUGAUCUUGGGAACUUCAAAAGGAAUAAGCACUAUGGAAAAUACUUUGAGCCUGAGGCUUACUUCCCAUCUUGGGUUGUUUCCAAGAGAGGGAAGGACUACAUCCUGAAGCACAUUCCAAACAUGCACAAAGAUCAGUUUGCGCUGACAGCUUCCGAGGCUCAUCUUAAAUACAUCAAAGAGGCCGUCCGACUGGAUGAUGUUGCCGUUCAUUACUACAGAUUGUAUAAGGAUAAAAGGGAAAUUGAAGCUUCUCUGAUGCUUGGACUGACCAUGCGGGGAAUACAGAUUUUUCAGAAUUUAGAUGAAGAGAAACAAUUACUUUAUGAUUUCCCCUGGACAAAUGUUGGAAAGUUGGUAUUUGUGGGUAAGAAAUUUGAGAUUUUGCCAGAUGGCUUGCCCUCCGCCAGGAAGCUCAUCUACUACACAGGGUGCCCCAUGCGCUCCCGACACCUCCUCCAGCUCCUGAGUAACAGCCACCGCCUCUACAUGAAUCUGCAGCCUGUCUUGCGCCACAUCCGGAAGCUGGAGGAGAACGAAGAGAAGAAGCAGUACCGGGAGUCCUACAUCAGCGACAGCCUGGACCUGGACGUGGACCAGCUGGAGAAGCGGUCCCGGGCCAGCGGCAGCAGCGCGGGCAGCGCCAAGCACAAGCGCCUGUCCCGCCACUCCACCGCCAGCCACGGCAGCUCGCACACGUCGGGCAUCGAGGCGGACACCAAGCCCCGAGACGCAGGGCCGGAGGACAGCUACUCUGGCAGCGCCAUCCACCGCAAGCUGAAGACCUGCAGCUCCACGACCAGCCACGGCAGCUCCCACACCUCCGGGGUGGAGAGCAGCGGCAAGGACCGGCCGGAAGAGGACUCGCAGGACGACGAAAUAGAGAUGUUGGUUGAUGACCCCAGGGACCUGGAACAGAUGAAUGAAGAGUCUCUGGAAGUCAGCCCAGACAUGUGCAUCUACAUCACCGAGGACAUGCUCAUGUCACGGAAGCUGAAUGGACACUCUGGGUUGAUUGUGAAAGAAAUUGGUUCUUCCACCUCUAGCUCCUCAGAAACAGUUGUGAAGCUUCGUGGCCAGAGUACGGACUCUCUUCCACAGACCAUAUGUCGAAAAACAAAGACCUCCACCGAUCGGCACAGCUUGAGCCUUGAUGACAUCAGGCUUUACCAGAAAGACUUCCUGCGCAUUGCAGGUCUAUGUCAAGACACUGCUCAGAGCUACACUUUCGGGUGUGGCCACGAACUGGAUGAGGAAGGCCUCUACUGCAACAGCUGCUUGGCUCAGCAGUGUGUCAACAUCCAAGAUGCUUUUCCAGUCAAAAGAACCAGCAAGUACUUUUCUCUGGAUCUCACUCAUGACGAAGUUCCAGAGUUCGUUGUAUAAAGUAUGUCUGCGUGUAGCUAGCCACACAGGCAGCCUGCUGUCUGCUGGAGGCCGGAGAAGCCACGGGUUCUCUCUUUAAGUAUCGUGCCAUAUUUUCUUCACCCCACCACAUAGCUCUUUCUUUAUGAUAUUUGCAAUGGAAAUAAAAGCCUUGGGACAAUUGCACUUUAAGUAUUACACAGAUAGAAAAGAACUGCAGAGAAGGUACAGCAAGACAAGUGCCCGGAAGUUCGUGACCCUUUGGAAGGAAACGCGCUUCACUGGUUACCAAGCCUUCGGAAUAUUGAAUUGUGGUGUGUUUGUCCCUCGUUGUUUUUCAGUUUGAUCAUAUGACAUCACAUUUUUUAUCAUGUGAAAGAUGUUAUUAGAUUGAUUUGUUUGCUUGUAAAUGUGUGUGUGUGUGUGUGUGUGUGUGUGUGUGUGUCACUCCCUCAUGCACGUCGUUUGAGGGAGGAGAGAAAGGAGAGUCUCUCCUCUUAAGGGAGAAACCAUUGCCUGGUACAUAGCCAUUGCCGCCUCGCUGGGGCUGUCCCAAAGUGAACACUAAUGAAGUGGUCAAAAUCUUGUAGUUCUAGCAAGCCAAAGAUAUGUACAUAACAGAAAUGCAGCCCGGGGCCAAGAAGACAUGAAUGAAGCAAUAACCAGAAGGCUAUGUGUGCUGUGAUGCCUUGUGACUCCUUCAUGCCUGGUCAGUGCCCUGUCCUCCUCCUGCUCUUCGAGAAAGCUCUGGGACCCAGCUAGUUUCUCGUGCGAGUAACUCAUCAGUUGUGUUCACGUCUUCGUGCGUUUUGUAGAGUUUGUAAAACCAAUUUCUGUUAAAACUAUGGAAACGUCUUAGAAAAUGUUUGUGCUUGGUGUUUUGUUUUUUUUUUUUUAAAUCAACAACAAAUUGUAGUAAUGCUUGUUUCUGCUUAAGCAAAACACCCUAACUAUACAUAUAUGUUAUACAUAUAUAAAUACCUGAGAUUGUAUGUGUUUAUAUGUGUUUACAGCUUACUAACGCUUCAUUUUGGCUUCCAUGACUGUUUUGUGUACAUAGUCAUUCUUGUUUAAUAUGGAGGAGGUGUCACUGAAUGAAUGAUACCUACAGACAAUCAGUUAAUAUAUGCAGAGUUAAGAACAACUGUUUUCCCAUGUGUCUUUUGCCAUGAUUCUCAACCCUGGUUGCACACUAGAAUUAUUUGGGGAGCUUUAAAAACAAUAACACUGUCUGGAUCCCACUUCAGACCAAUAAAAUCAGUCUGUUGCAGUGAGGUCCAGGUGGAAUUGCCUUUUCCUUUAAAGCUCUCCAGAUGGAGCUAAUAUGCUACAGGGUUUAAAACCACUGCUCCAGAGUGUGUCUUUUUCUUAAUUUUGAAGUUAAGGUAUACAGAAAAUGUCAGUGUUUGAGGAAGGACCAUUUUUAAGACAGUUACUGCCACUGCUAUUAGGAUAUAUAAUGAAACCUCGUCAGGAGAGUGAAUUGAUCAACCUUUAGAUGUACAGUAACAAUGUUGUUCACACUUCAGGAGAGAACUUUAGCACAAUGUCUUUCUACGAGAUGUUUGUAAUGAUUUCGUAUUUAACAACAUUUGUUUACCAUAUUUUGAUACACCAUUUUUUCUAUCUGCCAGGUUUUCUUAAAAAAAAACUAUAUAUUAUUUUCUAAAGAAACAGUCAUAUUUUUAUACAAAAUUAAGUUUUCAGGUAACAAAGAAAUCGAUUUAGGGUACAGCAGAACAUGCAGUGUUCCCCGGGGGCGGGAGUCAGUAUUAUGAACAUAAGGGGAGUGUGGACAAGCCUCACCUGUGCUGUGCUCGGACGCCCACGUGCGGAUGGGGCAGGCCAGUGUGGACACUGCAAUCCCAAUCGAAUCAGUUCAACCCGACACUUGGAAAAAGGAACAGAAGUUCUAUAGAGUUUUGUAGUCAUGCGAUUAUUUUGUUUUUAUCAAAAGUUUUAAAAGAACCAAAGUUUUCAGAUACCAGAAUGUACAAGUGUCUCAGUCUUCUGUAUGAAAGGGUAGAAGGAUCAUCUAAUGACAGCUUCACUUAUAAGUAAGUCGUUAAAUAGUCCACCAUUUCUUAUAGAUGCUUAAGGGACAAAUCCUAGGAAGUUUAACUCUCAAGAGCCCAGAUCAUAAUGUGGUGCGUUUCCUUAGCUCUUAGUGUUUCUUGCAACAUCGAGGCAAAAGCAUAUUUAAUUCAGUAUGUAGCGCUUUAGUUUCUCUGUGCUUCAGCCAGAAUCAGGUCUUCAGGGUUUUGCCAGCAUUAUUGGUGGUUUUGCACACCCUCUUUCUAAUUGGGUUUAUGCAUAGUCUUGUGGGUUUUCAAAAAUGAAACAUGCUAAGGAACAUUUUUGCUUUUUGAUCCUCUAUUUGCGACAGAAUUAUAUAUGUGUAUAUGAAAAUCCAUUUUGGUUAUCUACGUUUUGUAUUUGGAAAUUGUUUUAAAAAAUAAAAAAGGAAAAGAAACGUAUGAAGCUGUUAUUUAUUCUGCAUUUGUUAAUAUCAUCGCUAGUCGGUAUACCAGUUUGGUAUAUACUGCCUCGAUACAGCGACAUUUGUAUUUGCAACAAUGAGCUUUAUAUCUACAUAAACUGUAAAUAAUCCUUUCUGUGAAAGGAUCAUCAUAUCAGGAAGAUACCAAAAGUGUGUAAAAGAAAACUGCAUUAUUUUGUAAUGAUUUCUUAUAGGCAUUUCAUGGUAAGAUUAGCAGUCAAUAAAGUUACUUUUUAUUUGUCUUUAAA